CUCUCUCUCUCUCUGUCCUGUGUCCAUUUAAAUCACGUUUGAGGCUUCGCAUCGCGAUUUCCUUGGAAUCAUCGAAUUUGUGCGACCUUGACCGAUACAUACUUGGAGCAUUGGUGGAAAAAAGCACGUGUAAUAAAAAGCGACAUAACAUCGCGCACUCGAGGCUCCGCUCGCAUUUAUAAAUCAUGUCGCAUCUAAGGUUUAUGAAAGAACUCAACAAUCUGACUCGUAUGGACGAAGCUAUCAAAGGUCCAAUACCGCGAUGGCAGAAGAAAUGCAUGGAGACAUCGAAUUUAAGUAUCAAUCUUAGUUUGAAUUCAUCAAAGAAAGGUCUCACAAGUAGUUCUUUCACAAGUAGCGUAUCAGGAAAAACCCCGACGAAAAGGAGCGAUGGCAAGACCAAGAAAACUCCCUCUAAAGGCACAAAGAAAUCUCCAAGUAAGAUAAUAUCUAUAAGCAGUAAAUACAGAAUAAGAUCUUUUAAUUUUAUUUUUAAUAAUACAGGUCGUGUCACUCCAGCUAAAACACCCAAUGGUGGUGAUAGAUUUAUUCCUUCAAGAUCUACAACCAAUUUUGAAUUGAGCCAUUAUAAGAUUCUUCAGCAACAAAAUGCAGAACAGGAUGGAGAUAAAGCAAACAACAUGAGUCCUACAAAACGAGAGAUGCAGCGUCUCAUGGGAGAGAAUCUGCAUGGUGGUGAUAUAAAUAAUAUGAGAGUUUUAUCUUAUCAGGUCAAAGCACCAGCGCCACCGGAGGGAUAUCAAAAUCCUCUCAAAGUUUUGUAUAGUCAAACUAAAACACCAGCUAGUGUUAGAGCUUCCACAAGAUAUAUACCGCAAGCUGCUGACAGGAUAUUGGAUGCGCCAGAAAUCAUCGAUGAUUAUUAUUUAAAUUUGGUGGACUGGUCAAACUCUAAUAUCUUGGCUGUGGGAUUGGGUACUAAUGUAUAUUUGUGGAAUGCUGGGACUGGAACUAUAGAACAAUUAUUCGAAUUGGAUGCGAACGACUAUGUAUGUUCCGUUGCGUGGAUUCAGGAAGGUCCAUGUCUAGCAGUGGGUACCACAGAAGGAAAUACAGAAUUAUGGGAUUGUAGUCAAAUGAGGAGAAUUCGCGUUAUGAAUGGGCACACAUCCAGAGUCGGCUCUCUCGCCUGGAACAAUCAUAUAUUGACAAGUGGAUCGAGAUUAGGUAAAAUAGUGCAUCAUGAUGUCAGACAACGGGAUCAUUUGCUCUCGACUAUAAACGCACACGCUCAGGAAGUAUGCGGCCUGAAAUGGUCAUUCGACGGACAGUAUUUGGCCAGCGGUGGCAACGACAACAUGCUGCAAAUCUGGCCGUCAAUCAACGGGCGAAAUCAUUCUCAACCUAUUUAUUCGUUCAACCAGCAUCAAGCUGCUGUAAAGGCGCUCGCUUGGUGCCCCUGGCAAAACAACGUACUCGCAAGUGGUGGCGGCACCGCUGACCGGACUAUUAGAUUUUGGAAUGUCAAUACAGGUGCUUGUUUAAAUACAAUAGAUACAAAAUCUCAGGUCUGUGCUCUAUUGUGGUCUUCAAAUUACAAAGAGAUCAUCUCAGGGCAUGGAUAUGCACAAAAUCAAUUGACAAUUUGGAAAUACCCGUCAAUGACAAAAGUCGCGGACCUUAUAGGGCACACCAGUCGUGUCUUGCACUUGGCUAUGUCUCCGGACGGAAGCACGGUGCUUAGUGCCGGUGCUGAUGAAACGUUGAGGCUAUGGAAGUGCUUCCAAAUGGAUCCGCAGAAGAAGAAAGAACCUAGCGAUAUAAAAUCGGUUGCGUCCAGACUUAAGCAAUCGAUUCGAUAAAAUUAACGUAUUGCGGAGCACGCGAUUAUUUUUCAGUAUUUAUUUUUAAUAAUUAAUUGUAUAGUUGUGAUCGGGGUAUAUAAUGUAAAAAAAAAUAUAUUGACAUUAUCGAACAUUGUCGAAUACAAAAACAUUGACAUAUAUCAAUUGAUUAUCUGUUUUGUACAGAAACAUAGAUUAAUGUUAAUUAAUCUAUAACAUUUGAUAUCAAGAAAUACUAGCUUACAUUUGGCUACAUGCACGAGUGAUGAAAUUAGGCAUAAAUGGAUAUUAUUAUUAAAUAAAAUAAAAUAUAAAGAAGCUUUUGUUAGCAUAUUGAAUCUUUAAAUUGUAUAACGUAGACAUUUAAGUUUUACGCGGGAUAUAAUCUCUAGCAUAAUUGUAAAUGUAGGAAAAAAUAAAUUCUUUUUAUAUAUACU